AAUAUAGUUUAGCUACAUCAAGAGAACAUUUACAGCUCAAAAAUAAUGUUGCUAAUACGAUCACCACAGGUGAGUUUGGAAAUAUUGAUGAUCAUAAGCUGAUCAGAAAACUCGACAUAAGGCAUGAGCACUUGAUUAGGGGACAACUAAGGAAGGGUGACCUUGUUUACGAGCACAAUUUCUUGAUCAAAUCAUAUGAGUUGGACCUGGAUAAUAAACCAACCAUGGUUUCUAUUAUCAACCAGUUACAGGAGUCAGCAAUAAACCAUUUCAAAAGUUGUGGGUUGGUGGAGACAGGAUAUGCCUCAACUAGAGAGAUGGAUAAAAGGGGCCUCAUAUGGGUGGUUCAUAAAUUGCAGGUCGUGGUGGAUCUCUAUCCUUCUUGGAAUGAUAUUGUUCAACUAAGCACUUGGGUUUGUGUAUGUGGGAAGAACAAUUUUCGUCGGGAUUGGAUCAUUCACGACAGUAAAACCGGUGAAGUUUUGAUUCGUGCCAUAUGUUUUUAUGCUCUGAUGAACAAAGAUACAAGAAAAUUAUCAAAUGUUGAUGAUGAAAUCAUGGCAGACAUAACUCCCUUUCUUUCUAAUUGUGAUCCCAUCGUCAAAGAGGACAACAGCAUCCUAAGGAAACUAGACGUUAAUUCAAAAGAUUGUAUUGGCAGUCAUUUAGUUACUAAAUCAUGUGAUUUGGAUCUCAACCAACAUGUUAGUCACAUCAUUAGCUAUAUCAAUUGGAUCCUCGAGAGUGCUCCUCCAAUGGUAGUUAAGAAUCAUUGGCUCUCAGCCAUAACCAUCAAGUAUCGAAAAGAAUGUGGAAUAGACAGAAAGCUGAAAUCUUUAUAUGUUCCCAUUAGAGACGACAACAAUGGCGAUGAGAGCGAAGAAGGUAUCAAGUUCCAACACGCAUUUUUCACCGACGAAUGUGAACUCGUUCGUGCAAGAACCGUUUGGAAACCUAAACCUACAUAGAAACGUUUUCUUUUUGGGCGAAGUGUGUGGUUGUUUCGUGAUAUUAAUCGAAGUUUACAUAAGUUGGCCCGAACACUCAUGAUUAAAAGAAAAAUCAUUUUGAAGCCGUACGUAUAGUCAUUUCAACCUAACCCCCUAUUCUCUUGAAUAAAGUUUUGAAAAAACAGGUGUAAUGUGGAAUAACGGCUCCAUUCCCAUGAGCUGUAGAGAGUUAGCUAUCCCUCAUCAUUAUUCUUAGUAUGCCUCCUCAUCUUUUGUGACCAUAUAAU